AAUAUUCAUGAGCAAUCACUUGGUGAUGACGCCUUCCUGUACAAAUUGCAAUGUAAAACGCUGAUGUCAGCACUUUACUAAACAAUCACAUGAUCAUUCACAUUUAAAUGGCCCAAAUGAGUAGUGAUACAGACAGAGCUAGAGCUAGAGGGUACCCGUAUGUGAACCCAAACUCUCUUAAAAAUGUGUACACAGCUCUAUUUAAAGUAGCUGAUCAAUGGUUUAAUCUUGGCCUUCAACUUGACGUUGACUCAAAUGACCUAAAAAGGAUUCACAGCACGCUCCAAAACAAUACAGAGAAACUGCGUGAGAUGCUCACUGUGAGGUUAGCCCAAGGAGAUUUGACUUGGGAUCAAAUUACAGAGGCUCUAGAAAAUCGUACUAUUGGCCAACAAGUUAUUGCCAAUGAAAUAAGAAGUAAACAUAUCACACCAGUAGAGAGAGCACCGGCUACUGGGCACACUGUAGGAUCAUCGGCUCAAUUUUUUCAGCAGCUGAUGGAUAAAUAUCAGCUCACUACUGCCCAAAUCGAUCGUGAAAUCCAACAGGAAGAUGUACCAAUUUUGGCUGCUUACUUUGAUAAUGUGGAUCACUAUAUUGAUGCGAUGGAAUUAUCACGUAGCGAGCGAAGUGAUGUUCGGUUGAAAGGUAACCACCACCUAGCUAUGAUCGAGUGUUUGAAAAUCUGGAGAAGUAAGAACCCCUCACAAGCGACAUUCAGGGCCCUUCUGGAUAUGCUAGUUAAGCUGAAGAAAUGGGCGAUUGCUGCCCGAGUCUGUCAGUACUUAAAGGAAGCACAGCUGCAGGAAACGCUAAACCAGCAAUUACAAAAUAAGAAAACAUUCGACGAUGCUCUAAGAGAUGGAAUAGUAACUGUGAAAAUAACUAAUGCUCUAAUUCAAGGAGAAGCAGGUGUUGGAAAAACAUGUACCAAGCGCAUUCUUUGUAAUCAGGGCCCUGCCAGCUCUAGAGAUAGCACUCCUCUUGCUGAUAUUUCUGUUCAUGUUAGAGAUGUAACUGAUGUCAAGGUCCAUUCUCAAAACAAAAAAUGGAAGGAAGUAAAUGAGGAAAAACUACAAGACAUUGUUCAAGCUAUGAUUUCAGGCGUAAUUAGAGAAAUGCAAAGAAAAAAUCCCCCAAUACACGAAAAUGUAGCAACAAUAAUUGAAGAUCCAGCUGGUACUAGCGAACCGAGUCAAAAUCCAACUCUACCAGAAUUGUUAGAGAAUACUGAAAAAUCUACCACAGCAUUGCCACAGGCUGAACUGGAGUCACUGAUUGAUAAUCUUCGUGAUAAAGUAGUUGAUUCACGUCAUCCAAGCUCACAAGAUGCACAGGAAAUUCUAGGCUCCAACUGGAUCUAUUUUAUCGACAGUGGUGGCCAGCCUCACUUUCACAAUCUUUUACCACAUUUUGUACAUGGCAUUAGCAUUGCUUUGUUUACUCUGAAGCUUUCUGAACGAUUGGACUCUCAUUCUAUAGUUGAGUAUUACGAAAACGACAAACUGAUUUCAACUCCAUACCAAUCACCUCUUACAACUAUUGAUACCCUCAAGUGUCUCGUCCGCUCAAUGCAAUCUCAUACUAUCAAUGGCGAAAAACCUACUCUUGUCAUUGUAGGUACCUUUCUGGACGAAACAAAGAAAAGUUCUGAAACUGUACAAGAAAAGAAUGAACGUCUACUUAAAAAUUUUUCGCUAGAAUUUACAGACCAGCUUGUCUUCUAUAAUGAAGCUGAGAACAAAUUAAUAUUUUCUCUGAAUGGAAAGGAUCCAGGUGCUCAUGAAGAAAGAAUUGCUGAAAUGAUCAGAUCUGUCGUCGAAGAUUCUCCUUCUAAAGUUAUUGAAAUGCCAAUUCGAUGGUACGUGCUGGAGAUAUCGUUAAAAGAAAUGUCAAGUCGUCUGAACAGAAAAGUGUUGAGCAAGCAACAGUGUCUGGAAGUUGCAAAGAAAAUACAUAUCGAAGAAGAUGCACUUGUGGAGGCUUUGAAAUUCUUUCACGAACAACAUAUUUUUCACUACUAUGUAGAUAUCUUGCCUAACGUUGUCUUCACUAGCCCUCAAGUUCUCCUGGACAAGCUGACAGAAUUGGUCAAGGAAGCAUACGAUAAAAGGAUUAAAUCAACCACUACUGGACAGGCUCAAGUUUCCAAAGGAAAAUGGCAGAAAUUUCAAAAUAAGGGAAUUAUAACGCUAGAGUUUGUUAAAUACUUUUCAAAGCACUACGUGGAAGGGUUGUUUUCUCCACCCGACCUCCUCAAAAUAUUCAUGAGUCAUCUCAUUCUAACACCAUUUUCGCCUACAUAUUCUGAAAUAGAUUUCACAUCACGUACGGCUCAGUACUUCAUGCCCUCACUUUUGGAUAUGCUUCCACAAGACAAAUUAAUGGAAUAUCGUGUUGUGUCUGUUUUAGCGAGUCCGUUGUUAAUUAGAUUCCCUAAUGGUUGGCCACGUGCAGGAGUGUUUUGUUGCCUUCAAGUUUAUCUGAUUCAUCAGUUGGGUUGGAAGCUUCUGCUUUUUAGGGGAAAUCCGAAACUAAUUGCUCAGAAUUGUGUAAUGUUGUCUCCUCCAGGCAGUAGUUGCCGGGUUACUCUGAUCGACUCUUUUUCGAUUGUUGAAGUACACGUGAAUGGAGGCAAAGAUGUUUGUUCUGCAAUGUGUCCAAUAAUUUGCAAUCAAAUUGAAACCGGAAUACGUGCUUCUUGUCGAACACUUCGAUACAGUGAGGAUCAGCUGCAGUUAGCUUUUUUCUGUCCUUGUACACUUUCUUCUUUACCACAUUCUGCGGAGGUUUCUCGUUUCCAUGCCGCAGUACUCUUGAAGGACGGCAAUCUAAGAUGCACUUUUGAUGAGAGUAUCAUAUCGGAGGUCCAGUCUGAAGAAAUGAUCUGGCUCCAAAAUACAGCACCGGCUACUGGGCACACUGUAGGAUCAUCUUCUCAACCAGUGGGCACAGUUUUUCAACAGCUGAUGGACAAAUAUCAGCUCAGUACUACUGCCCAAGCCAGUGAGCCGAAAAAAGAAGAUCCUUCGUCUUCGUCACCUCCACCAGCACCGGCUACUGGGCACACUGUAGGAUCAUCUGCCCAACCAGUGAGUGCACGGCUGAUGGACAAAUAUCAGCUCAGUACUACUGCCCAAGCCAGUGAGCCGAAAAAAGAAGAUCCUUUGUCUUCCUUGCCUCCACCAGCAUUGGCUACUGGGCACACUUCUGCUCAAUCAGCGAAUGCAGUUCUUCAACAGCUGAUGGACAAAUAUCAGCUCACUAAUUCACAAGUCAACCAUGAAAUCCUGCAAAAAGACGUGCCAUAUUUGGCUGCCUGGUUUGAUAAUGUGGAGCUCUAUGUCGAUGCGAUGGAAUUAUCACCUAGCGAGCAAAGUGAUGUUUUGAUGAAAAAAUUGGACAGUAACCACCUAGCCAUGAUCAAGUGCUUGAAUAUCUGGAAAAGAAGGAAGCUUUCACAAGCGACAUUCAGGGCCCUUCUGGAGAUGUUAGUAAAGCUGAAGAAAGAGGCGAUUGCUGACGACAUCUGUCAGUAUAUAAAGGAAAUUCCCACCACAUCUGUUGAAGAGGGAGAGAUGCAAUCACUUCGAGGGAUAUCCAUGCCGCGAGGGCAGGAACACACUACUGAACAAGCAGUUCCGUCACAUACCACCGAAGUAGCAGGCCUCUCGAGAAAGCGAUUAGUAAGGAGCGGAAGUGGGCGUGGGGACGAGGCUACAAAAGUAGAUGCCCUACUAUCAAGCAAUGGAUUGACUUGCACAGACGGGAAUAAGGAGUGCAAAGAUGACCAUAUAUUAAAUAUUUCAAUGCAGCUGGAACAAUGGGAGCUAGUAGCAACGUGGCUAGGAUUAACGGCAGCUGAGAGAGAAGCCAUCAAGGGUAACAAUCAGACCAUAGAAAUGAUGAGAUAUAACACUCUUAAGAAAUGGAAAUCUAAGGCUCUACUCAGUGGAACAGCUACGUAUCGAGUUCUACUACAAGCUUUGUUGGAUUGUGGCUGCAAUGACCAAGCUAAGCGAGCGUGCUCACUACUCAAGAAAUCACUAGAAUGUCAACAUAAAAUUAUUAAAAUAGAGAAUUAGACCCCAACAUUAUUAUGUGCGUGUUUAUUAAUUUUCAUUAACCCAUAUUCAAUA